AGUUGAAAAGUGAGGAAAUAGAUAAUGAAAGCGAAAAUGAAAUAGUGGACGAAAUAAUAGAUAAAAUAGAUAAAAUGGCAAGUGAAAUGAUGAAUAAAAAAAUAGAUGAAAUGGUAGAUGAAAGUAUGGAUAUUUACGAGAGUGCAAAUAAAAAGGUAAAUGAAAGUGCAAAUGAAAGGAUAAAUGAAAAGGCAAAUGAAAGG